UGGAAGAUGAUGCAGUGUCACGUGGACGCCUGUGAUGACAUGCAGCCACCAGAGCUGUUUGAGGGUGGCUCUGGAUAUGACUAUUCUUACGCAGGGGGGCGCGGUUCGUACGGAGAUCUUGGGGGACCCAUCAUCACAACACAAGUAACGAUUCCCAAAGAUCUGGCAGGAUCUAUUAUUGGAAAGGGAGGCCAGAGGAUCAAACAAAUACGUCAUGAGUCAGGAGCUUCAAUCAAAAUUGAUGAACCGUUGGAAGGCUCAGAAGAUCGGAUAAUAACUAUUACAGGAACACAGGACCAGAUACAAAAUGCACAGUACUUACUGCAGAACAGUGUGAAGCAGUAUGCAGAUGUUGAAGGAUUCUAAUGCAAGAUUAUUUUUUCUUUUUUAUAGUGUGAAGCAGUAUUCUGGAAAGUUUUUCUAAGACUAGUGAAGAACUGAAGGAGUCCUGCACCCUUUUUUUUUUUUUUUUUUUAAUCUGCUUCUGUUUAAAAAGCCAACAUUCCUCUGCUUCAUAGGUGUUCUGCAUUUGAGGUGUAGUGGAAUCUUUGCUGUCCACCAGAUGUAAUGUUUUAGUUCCUUACAAAAACACGUAGGCGGCGGGGGGGGCGGGAGCGGGGAGGGAAAGGGCAGGCGAGACUAACGUUGGAAUUCGGGAGUGGCAGCGGAGGGCGGGUUUUAGGGUUGUUUCACUG